AUGCUAGGUAGAUUACUGCCUCUGAUGUGUAUAUGGACACUAACUGCUGCAGUAGAGGACGUGAAAUGGUACUCUAAAAGGUUAGCUGAGGAGACUUAUCGUGAAGUGAACAACCGCUUCAUUGCGGUUCGACCUUGGGAUAGAGUCAUACAAGUUGAUGAAUGGUCCUAUCGGCAUUGGAUUCUAUCGAGGAACCCUCACUUUAACUCCGCGGUGUUGCUGAUCGACUCGUUUAACCCUGUUCACGGAGACAUUCUAGACGUAUUUAGGUCAGUAGCCCAUCACUCUUACAGGACUCCAACUGAAAAAGGAUUUGGAGGCGAGGGAGGUGGCGAUGCAACUACAUAUUUCUUCUACGUAGAUGUCAGAACGCCGGGGUGUGAUUGGAUUGUAAAUCUCCAUCAACUGAAACAUAUUCCGGAUUUGCUAUUUUUCCGCGCUGGGAAAAUCGGCCAGACGAAUGGUAUAUUUGGAGUGGACAGCUUCAAUGAGUGGGUGUCUACAAACGCAGCUUCAAAAUGGAAAUUCAACGAAAGAGAGUUAUUCGAGCAAAUGUCUCGUUUCUGUGAGGUGAAUGCGAAAUCUGCUAGUAAACGGGUCCUCGCCACCAGCAACCUUCGAUAUAUUCUGCGUCAUGACAUUGCAUUAAUGAAAUCGGUGCUAUGGAUGCUCCCAGUAAUCAUCAUUUUUGUAGCUCUACUCAUUUACACAACAGUGUAUCGACAGUGCUUGCUGUUAAGAUUGGGUUCCGUUGCACUGUAUACCGUAAACGUAACUUGCUUCAUAUCAGCCAUUGCAAACUACACACCCGCCGUUGGUUUGAUUGAAGGAUUUCAGUGGCCUCCAUUAGGUAUACUGCAGAAGUUUUACUUCGAGUUGGGGAUGUCGCACUACUUCAACGAGAAUGUGAUCGUAUCGCUGAUGUUUUGUAUAUUGUCUGCGACUCUACUGACACUUCGUAAAUGCGUUGCGUUUGAUCGUGGCGUGUUCACGGUUCUGCUAUUUACGUUGGGGCUGAUAGUGACAGCGUGGUAUACUAUUUCGCUGUUGUAUCGGAAGGGCGUGCCGUUCUGCGUCGAUUGGAUAGCUGAAUCAUCGAUCCCUCGCGGAUCGAUUGACAUGGAGUGCUACCAUCUCUUCUAA